AUGCCUUCGUCUUCAAGUCGCAUAGCUGAGCUGGCAGCUGAAAUUGCCCAAAAGACGCAGCUCAUUGAUCAACAUCUCGCAGAGAAGGGCUUGCCCUAUCCUUCAUUCGAUGCCGCAGGCCCAACGGAUCUCAAUCUGCCGCCCGACCUGGAGAAUGUGCGCGUCUUAGUAUUGCAAGCGACACAAGAGCUGAAUGACCUUCUCCAGGGUCCCAGAGAUCUAUUGUUCAAUCACCAUCACAACCAACUCGUCCCUCUGAAAUUGAUAUCACACUUCGACCUCGCACAUAAAGUUCCCGUAGAUGGGGAAAUUACCUUCGCAGAGCUUGCGAGUACCACGGGAAUUGAGCAAGGAGCACUUGCCCGCAUCCUUCGCCUCGGCAUCGCCAAUCGCAUCUUCAGAGAACCUCGACCUGGAGUUAUUGCCCAUUCAGCGGCCUCGAGGCAAAUCGCGGAGGAUGCCGCGCUCGCCGGAUGGGUAGGCGCGAAUGUAGACGAGAUGUGGCCAGCCGCAGAGAAGGUAGUCGAUGCGCUGAAGAAGUGGCCACAGGCUGCGGAGCCGAACCAAACCGUAGGAAAACCUAGUCCUGAUACAUGUGAAGAUGUUCCAACGCUGACGACACGUCAGGGCUUCGCGGUAGCUAACGAAACCGACAAGCCAUUCUACGCUGUACUCGCCCAAGACCCGCAGCGUGCAAAACGUUUCGGCCAGGCCAUGAGCUUCUUCACCACAGGCGAUGGCUACUCCCUGCGACACCUCACAGACGGCUACCCAUGGGACACUAUCUCCGGCACUGUAGUUGACCUCGGAGGCUCUCACGGCAACGCAGCGUUUGCGCUAGCUCGAAAGUACCCAGAUCUUCGGUUGAUGGUCCAAGAACUGCCCGAAGUAGUCGCAAACGCAAAGCCAGAGGAAGGUCUAAAUGUCGAGUUCAUGGCGCAUGAUUUCUUCAAUGAGCAGCCGGUGAAGCAUGCGGAUGUGUAUUAUCUCCGUUGGACGCUGCAUAAUUGGCCGGAUGCGUACUGUGUUAAGAUCUUGAGGGCUUUGAUACCCGCGCUGAAGAAGGGUGCGAGGAUACUAGUGAUGGAUUUUGUGAUGCCUCCACCAGGGUUGCUUCCGAACGACCUUGACCGGAAGUUGAGAGCCAUGGAUCUUACGAUGCUGGAGAUCGCGAAUGCAAAGGAGCGCGAUCCGGAGGAAUGGAAGGGGUUGUUUGCUGAGGCUGAUGAAAGAUUCAUCUUUAAAGACAUAAAGCAACCUCCAGGCUCGAGACUUGCUAUCAUCGAGACAACGUGGGAAGAAUGA